AUGAAUCAUCAUCAAUAUCGAACAUGGUCAACAAUUAAUAGUAUUAAGACAUUUUUUGGUUACAGAAAUCGACAGUAUCAAUCCGUAUCACAAAUCGAACUUGAAGAAUCGAAACAUUCGAUUGAUGGAAAUACAUCAUGUAUGGAAGAUCAAACGUUAAUAAACAAUAGUAAAUCAUCAUUAGUCGAUCAUAUUAAUAAUGUAAAUAUAAAACAAAUUCAGGAAAUCUUACCACUUAUGACUGAAAAAUCGCUCAAUCUAAAAGUGAUUGUACCAGUUAGUACAUACACAAAUGAUACUCGUCCAGAUGUAGAUUUACUUGAAUGUUAA